AUGGGUUCUCUGGAUUCUAGCGUGGGCUCCUUGGACCUUGUCAUGUACUGGGUGCUUUGUGUCCUGCUUUAUAAUGUGGGACAGGUGGCACCCCAGACAUGCCCGCUGGCCACGGACCCGGAGAAACUGACAUUUAAUGAGGUGGAAAACAAUCAGAAUUUUUCUAUUUCAAGAAGAGACGCUGAUGGUCUGGCUGGGAUCUAUAAGAUGCAGAGGCUGUUUCUGAAUGCAGUGCAGCCGAAUCCAUUCCCACAAGAAUUGCUGCGAGUGCUUCUCACAAAUAUCUCAUCCUUGGAACUUGGACCACUGGUGAAGUAUGAGGCGGGAUACGUGACAUGUGCUGUGAUCACACUUCUUUUCUUCCUAUUUAUGCUGGUGUUCGGGUUGACCUUCUGCAUCUUCCAGUGUCGCGGGAGAAGGAUCUUACCAUGUGAGGGAGGCCUCUGCAAGCCCACCCCAGUGUUCCUGGGUCUCCUCUACACCAUCUGCUUUGUGUUCGCUGGCUUAGUCUGCACUUUCUAUUUGAACCAGAAGACACAUAAUGAGGUUGGCACUGGGGUCCAGGACAUGAAAAGGACCUUGCAGGAUUUCCGAUUAUCUGUGACCAGCGUUCCCCAGGCAAUUGGACAAGUGGUUUCUGAAUUCUCUGUCCCUAAAGAAAAAGUUUUCGCUGAUCUGCAGAGCUUCAGUACAGUCAUUAAUCAAACUGUGAAUGCUAAACUUAAUGAUGAGAUCCGACCUCUCCUAGAAGCGGGGCUCCAGACAGCAAGAGACCUGGAAACUGCGGCUCAGAUUGUGGUGAAUGUGAACCAGACUCUGGUGAACCUGCAAAAGGGAGGGAACAUUCUUAUGGAGGCACUCAGUAACCACAGGGAGACGCUACUGGAAGUGUUAUCUGACAGAAGCUGUGACAACUGCGGGGACGCUGCCAACACUGUACAGAGAAUGCAACUGGGGCUGAACUACAGCCAGGUUCCGUCUAUAGGUGAAUAUGUGAAUAAAUUAAACAGUGUGAGGAGAGUCAACAUACCUGGGAUUUUCCAAAGGAUACUUAAAGGUUUCAACAGUAUGCCAAACCUUGUGAGCGAUCAGACCAAAAGUAGUAUUAGCGAUAUUACUACUACCUUGGAUAGUACAGAGCAACAAAUUAAAUCCUAUGUAAACAAUACACCAAUAAAUCGAUAUAUUGACACAUUUGCUACUGCUGUACUGACCAUUGAAAACAUGACCACGUCGUAUGGUCAGAAGGUAGAACACUAUGAAUAUUACAGGUGGGUGUUGGGAGUUUUCUUAUGUUGUGUACUCCUUCUGAUAACAAUCUGCACUGCGCUGGGGCUCAUUCUCGGAGUUGUGGGUCUCUACCUUCAAGACCCUGUGAAUAGCAGAUGGAGAAGGAGGAAUGGAUUUGGAUUCCUCCUAAUUGGGGUGUAUCUGACCUUUAUAUUGUCUUGGGCGCUGAUCAUCUUCGUGUUGAUCACCUUCUUGAUUGGAGGAAAUGUGCACACCCUACUGUGCAAACACUGGGUCAAUGGGGAUAUUUAUAGGUUUUUUGAUGACCCUCGCAAUCUACCCAGUAUGAACCUGAAAAUGCUACUUGGACUCAGAAACAGUUCCAACAUCUCGGAUAUGUAUGAUCAGUGCAAGCGUGGAAAACCAAUCUGGGACAUCAUUCAAAUUAGCAAUCCCAUGGAUUUGGAAAGUGCCUUCAACAUCAGCCAGUAUACAGCACAGCUUGAGGCGAAGAUCGAAAACUUUACUGUGGAUGUGGACGGGCUCAACAUGAUCUCCAAUAUUGCAUUGAGAGUUCUCACAGACUAUAACAACAGUGGAUUGGACCAAGUACCCUAUACUACCAUCCUGGCACAGAUACAAAAUCCUCUUCUGACAGUGGAUCUUGGGCAGUUUGCCACAGCUCUGGAAAGUCUUUCAUCCAUCCAGAGUAAUGCGACAAUAAGAAGUCAGCUGCAGAACGAGUCAGUGGCACUGAGAGAUCUACAGAAUACCACUGUGCGAGAUCAAGAGGCUGACGUGAGUAAGUUGAACAGCAGUCUCCAGUCUCUGGCUGUGUUGGCCCCAACCCUUAAGGUUCGGAUAGUCCGUACAAUCCAGGAUGUCAACACUGUAAAAGGACCUUUACUAGAAGGGACCAUUGGCCUGCUGAAGAAUGAGAGCAAGUGUCAGCUGCAUCAGUCUCUAGAAUAUUUUACGCAGUACCUUGACUGGGUAAACCAAACUAUAAUGCAGGACAUUGCAUCCUGCCGCUCCGUGCCUAUGACACUGGACAAUUUUCGUGUCAUCAUCUGUGAUAAUGUGGACGAUCCCUGGAAUGGCUUUUGGUUUUGUCUUGGUUGGUGCUCUGUCCUCUUGAUCCCUAAUAUCUUCUUGAGCAUCAAAUCUGCACAAUAUAUUGCCCCCAAAUCUCGAGACCCCAGCCCUGAAGAGGAGAAUCUAUUCCCACUAACACACAGCACAGAUGCUGAGAGACGCUGACCACAUGGCGGGUGAAACUGACCAACCACAGCACUCCGUAGUAAAUCUUCUAUGGAUUCCAUGUCACUGCUGCAUUAUCAUGGAACUGGGGAGUUGUUUUACAAGAUGUGCACUCAAGAGGUGCGAAUAUUCUUCUAAAUGAAAAUAAUUAUAUGGGAUACCAGGAACUUACCAUGUAUGUCUACAAUGAAAGGAUAGACUGUAAAUUCUGCAUAUAUUGUUUGCCCAGGUGACCUUGACCUUUUCAAGUAAUUGACUUUUCGGUGAGCCAUAACAUUACAGUAUAUCUGCAUUCACUGCUAUUUAAAGCAGUACAAGCUGAACUGGUGUGUUUGGUUCUGAGGGAGUAAGCACCACUGUCAAGGUAUAUCAUCACCAGGACCAGCACUGGCAGACAUAUCACUGCUGUGCCGUGAUUGGGCCACCUCCAAAAGACCUUCAUGCCAUCAGCAGCACUGUAAUCUAAACAGCCAUUUCCAAAAAGUGUCAAUGGAGGCAGGAAGCACCUCUCCCUCUUAUCAUUUAUGAGGUAGUUGGGUCAUUGGGUCUCUGAAAUGUAAACGUUGUUUUUUUUGCACUUUACUUUCCUUAUGUGUUACACAUUUAUCCCAUGUUUUUAAUAUUUUGGUAUUAAUGCUAGUUGCUCAUAUAGUAUUUGUAAAGACUAUGAAUAAAAGGUUCUUACGUUUGAAUGAAUUCUAUAUCAGUGUUGCACCACACACACACGCGCACACACUAACCUUUGUCAGAGCCGGACCUAGGCAUAGGCAAACUAGGCAAAUGCCUAGGGCAUUUUGUAUGCAUAGGGGCACAAGCAGCUUCUGCUGAUUAAAAUGAUACACGGCAUGCCUAUGUUCUGUGUGUGACUGCGGCUGUAUCUGCAUACAAAAUGCUACGUUACAGUAUUUCUGGAAAUCACUGUAACGUAGCAUUUCAUAUGCUACAUAUCAUUUUAAUCAGUAGAAGCUGCUUGUGCAUCCUAGCCACAUAGUAAUGCAAAUAAGAUGCAUUUUCAUCAAAAAAGGCACCCAAAGUUAGCAGAGCUGCUAGCUGACCCACGCCAGGCAUCUCCUGCUGCAUGGCAUAUUGAGGCAAGAUGUAUGUGGACACAUCUGUAUCCAAGCAGAGGCAGAGGUCACAGUGUUAGCGGCCAUGUGAGUGCUGUGUGCGGGUUGGUUGUGUAGUAGUGUGCGGCAUAUGUGUAAGGGGCAUUAUGUGUAUAAGGGCAUUAAUAAAGGUUGGCAUAAUUUGUAAUGCGCAUCAUGUUUAUAAGGACAUUAAUAAUGUGUCUCAUAUGUGUAAGGGGCAUUACUGUGUUGUAUUAUGUUUAUAAAGGCAUUACUAAUGUGUGGCAUUAUGUGUAUAAGGUGCUCUAUUGUGUGGCGUAACAUAUAGAAAGGUCACUUCUGUGUGGACUAAUGUGAAUAAAGAGCAACAUGGUGUGGUGUAAUUUGGAUAAGGAGCAAUUCAGUGUGAUAUAAUGUGAAUAAGGGGCACUACUGUGAGGAAUAACGUAUAUAAAGUGGUACUACUGUGUGAUGUAACGUGAAUAAGGAACACUAUCGCAUGAUAAAAUGUGAAUAAAGUUACACUACUGUGUGGCGU